AUGUCAAGCCAGCCUACAUUAACAGCAGCCCAAUAUCUCGAUAAAAUUGGCUGAGGUAAAUAUCAGAAAUUAAAAUUUAUCCAAUGUGGAUUUGUAAAUAAUAGCAUAGGCAUGGACAAAUAGCCAGCUCUGACUCCCCCCCCUUUAAAUUGGAACUAAAAAUUUUGUUCCAAUUUAAAGGGGGGUUAAUUUUUUUUUUUAAAAAAAAAAAAAAAUUCAAAAACUUAUCGAGUUAGAUUAAUAAAUUUUAUUUAAUAAAAUGCUAUUUACUCUUUAUCCCUUUUAAAACAAAGCAAGAUAUAACUAAAAUUUCAUUAUUAGUUAAUACGCCACUAUUAAUUGGCAUCAAAAUUAUUUGCACAAAAAUUAUUAUUUUUUAUUAAUAAAAAAAAAAAAUUUAGAAAAUUUAUCAUCAAAGUGUUAAUUUUGUUUAAAUAAGAUGUUAUUUAUACUCUAUUCUUUAAAAUAAAGCAAGAAAUAAUUAAAUUUUGAGAAAUCUUAUAAAGAAUUCCUAUUGAAUUUAUAUCAAAACUAUUCAAAAAUAAAAAAUAUCAUUUUUAUCAAAAAAAUAAUGAAAAUUUUUUUUGUAAAAUUUAACAAUUAAGGAUAAUAAAUUUAUUUAAAUAAGAUGCUCUUUAUACUUUCUUCUUUAAUCAAGAACAAGAUAUAACUAAAUUUUGAAUUUUAGUUAAGAAGAAACAUUUAACUUAUAUCAAAACUUUUUAGAUAAAAAUUAUAUAGCGAAUCUAUUAGAUGGCGCGCAAUGCGCCAUCACUGGGCCAUGUCGGGAGAGGGUUCUCCACGAGGAAUGGUUCCACGUGUGGAACCCUCUUUUUGGCUCGUGGAAAAAGAGGGUUCCACACGUGGAACUAUUCCUCGUGGAGAACCCUCUCCCGACAUGGCCCGGUGAUGGCGCAUUGCGCGCCAUCUAUAGGAAGGCGCUAUAUAUAAUUUUUUAUUAUAAAAUUAAAUUUUGUUCCAAUUUAAAGGGGGGUUAAUUUACCAAAAAUGUGGAAAUUUUACCUAUAUUUUGUUCCAAUUUAAAGGGGAGGGAGUGAGUAAUUCUUAUUGGGAUCACACUGACAAAUAUUGGCCAUGAAUGAAAUAUAUCUAAUUCAGCAAGAGGAUUUAUUGGAACUUUAUUUCAAAUAGGCAUGCUCUUUGGAUCUAUUAUAUGAGGAUAUUUAGCGGAUAAGUAUGGAAGAAUGUUCUCUUUUAAAAAAAGCUUGAUUCCUGUUGUUAUCUUUAGUAUGUUCAUGAUACUAUCGAGCUCUCCAGUAAUGCUUGCGAUAUGCGGAUUUAUUAUAGGGAUUGGAGUGGCUGGCGAGCUUGUGGUAUCUGGUGUUGUUUUUAAAGAAUUCUGCCCACCGAAAAACUCAGGAUUUGUUACAGCUUUAUCCUCAUUUUUCGGAAUGGGAGGGGCAUUUAUAGCACUAAUCUCGAUUUGUGUAGAGCUAUUCAAUACUUCUGCAAUUGCUAACUGAAGACUUAUUAUUUUGUUUAUUUUCUUCUACGAUUUAAUCAUGUUUAUUCUUAGGAUUGAUAUGGAUGACACUCCAAGCUAUUAUUUUGCAAAAGGAAAUAAAGAAAAAUUCGAAGAAAUUCUUAAUCCCCUCCAUGAACAAACAAAAAAUUUGUUUAUGAAAAAAUAUUUUUUUAUAUAUAAGUUAUAAUUCGUAAAAUGAAAUAACUAAUUCUAUUAAAACAUAAAUUUCGCAAAUUUUUGCGAAAGGGAUUUUUAAUUUCUAAAAAAUAAAAAAACCAUCCAUAAGCAAAUAAAAUAUUUUUCGGUCAUCGAGAGAGGGAAGUUAAAAAAAUCGCUUUGACAAAUGGAAAAAGCGAAAAUGAAGUUGCUUUAAUUGAUCCAAUUUUGAACGAAAAUACAAAUUUAAAGAGAAAAUCAAACUCAUAUAAAAUGUUAUGGUGCUUUCCUUUGGAUGACCUAGUAAAAAUUCAUGCUAUAUCCCUAUUGGACAGCGAAAUAUAUAAAGUAUAUUUCAAAAAGAGCAUCGCAGGGCUAGCUUGCUAUUAACUGUUAUUUAUUUUACAAAAAUGUUUGGAUACGCUAAUCUUCUUAUGUUUAUGCCUCGAUUUUUAAGUGAUUAUUCAACUCUUACCAGGUACAUAGCAAUUUUUAUUCAGCAGCUUUCUGGGAUACCUGGGACAUUCCUAGCUGCAUAUUUGGUUAAUACUAAAUUUGGAAGAAUAAAAACUCUGGCUAUGUGCGAGUUUUCUGCAGCAUUAUUUGUAUUUUUGUUUCUCCUAUCCAGCAAUGUAGUAUUGGUUGUGCUUUGUACAUCACUUACCAGUCUUGUUGUUUUAAUGGGAUAUGGAUGUUUGUAUACAGUAACUCCUGAGUCUUAUCCAACAGAGAUUAGAAAUACCGCAAGUGGCUGGCUAUUUUCAGCUAUGAGAAUUGGAGGAAUCAUAUCUCCUACAAUUACAGGAGUUUUACUUGAUACUCCAGGGGGAAAAGAAAUUGCUCUAGCUAUAUACUCAGUCUCCUUUUUAGUAGAUACAACUUGUGUGCUCUUCUUAAAGGACACAAGAACAACAAAUGCAAAUUAA